AUUUCACGUCCAAACGCCAAGUUACAGGUCAAAAAAAAGACCAGGUAUUGCCUCAGUUAAAUGCCAGUUAGGCUUCAACUGCAUUCAGUCUUUACUCUGGUUACACCAUCAUACGUUCGUACAAUAUACUGCCACGUGAUAUGAAUUCCAUCAUGAUGCCAAAAUUUUGAAAACCUGCUAAGACAUUUCCUGGUAAGACAACUCUCUCUAAAGGGAAAUUUCUGUCACCACACAGCAGCUUUUAAGACUUCUAUCAUAAUUUUUAGCAUAAUUUGAGAAAAUUAGCAUAAUUUUUCCCAUUGUUUAAAACGUAGCAUAAUUCGCACAUUUAGAUAAUUAUCGGGACAUUUUUGCGUUUUGACAGGCACUUCAAUUCCCAAAUCCCAAUUAUACGCUGACGUUGUUAGAUGUUUUAGCGCUAUUUACAGUUUACUGAGCCCCUGAAAUGGGGGCCUGGGACUAGGGUGUACGGGAAUCGGAAGUCCCAUGGCAAACCAUGUCGGUCCCAAUACCUCUUAUAGGCAAGGUUACAAAAUGGCGUCAGCUAUGCCAGCCGAUUAGAGUGAAAACUUGAAGAUUGUUGUUAAAAGAAGUUCGAAGCAUGAACAAUAAACGUACACGAAAAAGGAUAUUUAACAGUUAAUGAAUGAGGCUGAGUAUCUUAUGAAGAAUUAUGGAGAUCGAGGAGGGCGUUAUCCGUCGAGACCGUAGGCCGAGGCGGAUAACAUCAGUAGUAAUAGACGGGGGGUUCUACGCAGUGGUGGAGGUGGUGGAGUGACGUCGCAAUAGCUCAGGGGAUUAAAAUGAUGAGAUCAUCAUCUAAAAAUAGAAAGGUAUUCUGUAUAACAAUCUAGGGAGUUGACGUCAUCAAAAAAACGAUGAGAUCAUCAUAAAAAUAAUCAUUUAAUAUGGUAACUGUGGAGAUGACAUCAUCAGCUUAAAUUAGAAAGGGUUUUUUGACAUGAUCAGCUAUUUUCUAUAGUCUAUGACAUCAUUAUUUAUUUUCAUCUUUUUAAGAUCAUAUAAAUGAAGGUUAUUUUUAUUAAUCAUUAUUAUCAUGCAAAACGAAAAUGGUUAUUAUUCAGUCUUUGAUAAGAAUAAAGUUUAAUCAUUAUAUCGUAUGAUAGCGAGGGCCAUAGUUUCCCCCUCGAAAGAAAUAACGUCUCUCAAGAAAACAUUUUGCGACCUCUCAGGGUCAACAAUUUCCAAGCUGAAAGAACUCCAUUCUGAAGUAUUUCUAAAAGUUACUUUGGGCAGACUCUUGGUGUUCUUGAAAUUUGCAGAGGAUCUGGAACUGACGCAGGAAGAAUGAGGACAAUUAUAUGCUGUUAUUUAUCCCACUUUAAUAUAUCAAAUCUGAGAGCAGUUAUAUAAGGCGAUGAUGUAGGCAGUAAAAUCUUAAGACUGGAACAUUGCGAAGUGAUUAGAGCGAUGGGUUGUUGUCCACCAUCGACCACUUUUGGACAUCGUUAGUCAGUUAAUUAUGCGAGUUCGCAAGCCCACCGUUGCAUACAAAUUAGUACAGCUCUGCAGGAAAAGCCCCAAGAGAGAACUUUCAAGUGACUUGUUAUCAUAAAAACAAUAAAAACAAAAUAACUUAACAAGGAUCAAUUGAAACACGCGACUUACAAUUGCGAGCAAUAAAGUUUUUUAAAAAAACUUUAUUAAAAACCAAUAACAAAAAGAGUCAAAUACACAGCGAUUUGAAGGGAAAAGUAAUGAAAAUUAAUCCUUUGACUGACUAUUACAAAUUCGUUUUCUCCGUUCUAUUACGAGGAAUAAUAAAUAAUCCUUCCGUGUCUACACAAUUUUCCUAUAGCCUCUAAGCGAAGAGUUCGACUUUCUUUGUUUCUUUCGGUUUGUCUUGUUCUUUGUAGUUGUUCUUUUAGCUUUUGCUUUAAAAGAGGUUUUAUUUCUUCGUGAUCUUGACAGUUCGUACACCGUUUCUUGUGUCUGUACUGGACUGCGAGUACUAGUUGAGUGAUUUUUUCCGGAAUUAUCCGCUUCACUUUCGUAAACGACAACUUUAACUUUAGGUUGCAGUUUCGCCUCUUGUCAAUACUGUCUUCGCUGUAUGUGGUCUAACUGAUGAACAUCCGCGAGAUGGUUAGCUAAUCUGACAAGGUACUUCGCCCCGCACCAUGAAAUCGGACAGUUUCUGCAAACUCUCUUGUAAACCAUGUUCAAAAACCUGUUGACAGUUCGAUGACUGAACACAAAUGACUUCUAUUUCGCAAAUAUUCAGGUUAUACAGAGUAUUAGAAAGGCCAAACACAGGCCCGAAAGGCCAUAACCAGGCCAGAAAGGCCAAAACCAGGCCAAAAGAGACAAAAGGAGACAAACGGGCCAUUUUCAGUCAUGUGCCUUUUUUCUCGUACACACGCGUGGGUAUCGCACGUCGCUAGUCACGCAACAGCUUUCAAUAUUGGAAUCAUCAUCUUUAUUAAGUGUAAUCACAAAUAACAGUGCCUAAUUAAAAAGUUUUGUUCUUCCUUUAGUAACUGGUAUUUCAAAUUUCAGAUUUGCUAUUUAUUCCACAAGUUUACUGUUAUUGGUAUUAUGAUCAAGUCAUCAACUGCAACCUAAAGUUAAAGUUGUCGUUUACGAAAGUGAAGCGGAUAAUUCCGGAAAAAAUCACUCAACUAGUACUCGCAGUCCAGUACAGACACAAGAAACGGUGUACGAACUGUCAAGAUCACGAAGAAAUAAAACCUCUUUUAAAGCAAAAGCUAAAAGAACAACUACAAAGAACAAGACAAACCGAAAGAAACAAAGAAAGUCGAGAAAAGAAAGGAAAAGAAAGAAAGGCUUAGAGGCCAUAGGGAAAUUGUGUAGACACGAAAGGAUUAUUUAUUAUUCCUCGUAAUAGAACGGAGAAAACGAAUUUGUAAUAGUCAGUCAAAGGAUUAAUUUUCAUUACUUUUCCUUUCAAAUCGCUGUGUAUUUGACUCUUUUUGUUAUUGGUUUUUAAUAAAGUUUUUUAAAAAAACUUUAUUGCUCGCAAUUGUAAGUCGCGUGUUUCAAUUGAUCCUUGUUAAGUUAUUUUAUGUUUUUAUUGUUUUUAUGAUAAUAAGUCACUUGAAAGUUCUCUCUUGGGGCUUUUCCUGCAGAGCUGUACUAAUAGCCCUUAUGCAUGUUUACGUCACACAAGCAAAUUUCACCACCAAGCCUCGUUUUGAAAUUAAAAAUAGGCGAAGUUUCACAGAAAUGAAUUCCCAAGGCAGUAGAGUUGAAAAGAAUACCCACGCACAAAAAGUGCAAAUGCAAAAAAUUUUGUUCACAAACGAGGCUUGUUGGUGAAAUUUACUCGUCUGACGUAAUCAUGCAUAGGGGCUAUUUGUAUGGAACGGUGGGCUUGCGAACUCGCAUAAUUAACUGACUAACGAUGUCCAAAAGUGGUCGAUGGUGGACAACAACCCAUCGCUCUAAUCACUUCGCAAUGUUCCAGUCUUAAGAUUUUACUGCCUACAUCAUCGCCUUAUAUAACUGCUCUCAGAUUUGAUAUAUUAAAGUGGGAUAAAUAACAGCAUAUAAUUGUCCUCAUUCUUCCUGCGUCAGUUCCAGAUCCUCUGCAAAUUUCAAGAACACCAAGAGUCUGCCCAAAGUAACUUUUAGAAAUACUUCAGAAUGGAGUUCUUUCAGCUUGGAAAUUGUUGACCCUGAGAGGUCGCAAAAUGUUUUCUUGAGAGACGUUAUUUCUUUCGAGGGGGAAACUAUGGCCCUCGCUAUCAUACGAUAAAAUGAUUAAACUUUAUUCUUAUCAAAGACUGAAUAAUAACCAUUUUCGUUUUGCAUGAUAAUAAUGAUUAAUAAAAAUAACCUUCAUUUAUAUGAUCUUAAAAAGAUGAAAAUAAAUAAUGAUGUCAUAGACUAUAGAAAAUAGCUGAUCAUGUCAAAAAACCCUUUCUAAUUUAAGCUGAUGAUGUCAUCUCCACAGUUACCAUAUUAAAUGAUUAUUUUUAUGAUGAUCUCAUCGUUUUUUUGAUGACGUCAACUCCCUAGAUUGUUAUACAGAAUACCUUUCUAUUUUUAGAUGAUGAUCUCAUCAUUUUAAUCCCCUGAGCUAUUGCGACGUCACUCCACCACCUCCACCACUGCGUAGAACCCCCCGUCUAUUACUACUAACAUCGGCCGAGAUCUCCAUGAUUCUUCAUAUGAUACGAAAGCCGAAUUCAAUAACUGUUUUAUUAUUCAUUCAAAAUAAUUCCUAGUUUAAAAACAUAGCCAAAACAUGCUUACGUCCACCGAUCCAUCGAUGUUCAGUUCAUCUUCGAUAGUGUACGUUUAGGUUUGUCCAGCUCCGCAAAUAUUCUCCAAAUAGCAGAUGUCGCACUUCGAGUUGUCUUCUUGCUGUUCUAGCCAUGUUUUUCGUUUUUGUCACCUAGUUCUUACUCUUGAAACGAGUGAAAUGUCCGCCAUUUUUUCAAGUUCACAACCAAAACAACUCAACCUCGUCCCCAGGUCUUCUAGGUUAACGGUGCCUUAACCUGCGAAAACGCUGCAUUUUUGACGUCAUUUCCUCGUUAAAGUCAAAAUUCUUCCAAAUUUGGUCAUCAGUAACUGGCUAUAGUGAAUUCAACGUGUGCUUUUAGCCAAUCAGAAUCGGGGAAAUAUUUUGAAUGAAUAAUAAUAUAUAUUAUAGCUAACAAGAAUUAAACGGCUUCUGGUUAAAGAAAAGGUAUUUUUGCACUUAUUUGCCAUGGUUUGUGAAGUAGCAUAAUUUGGACAACGAGCAUAAUUCGGCCAAAAAAAGAGCAGUGCUACUGGCAUUAUAUGCUACUUUUACUAGCUCAAUCUAUAAAAGCCUACCUGACCGCACUUGUCAUUCACAGUUUUCAUCCUUGUAGCGAAGUUAAUGAUGAUUAAAUAAUUGCAGCUUCCUGUGUUUUGAUAUACUUCGGAAAUAGUGCUCCAGCCUGGGAUUGCAAGUUGGAAUCAGCUAAGCUUCGAAUAUUUUCAAAAAAGGAUGGAACUUUUAGCAAUUGCUCAUAUACAGAUGGUUACAAGAGUCUGAGUCGUCGAUGCACUGGUACGUGAAUUAAGGAGCCUAUGACGCAAAAUUAUCUUAGUAACCAUAUAUCCUGAGAAGAGCAGAGCUAAAUAAAACUUAGACUUCAGAUGCCUUUUCAGCUUAACUCUCUGUUGCGAAGUAUUUUGAAAGUUAUUUUAAGAUCUAUGCCAUGUUUAAGUCUAGUUAUUGUUUCAUUAAGUGGAUCAAGGUUAGUCUUGAUUUUGUCCAUGUACUGUUUUCCUGUUUUGAUCUUUUGCUUUUACCUGUACUUGAAUUUUUGCUUAUUUCGCGAAUUUACUUAUUGCCAUUUUAGGUAUAUUCUUCGCUUCCCGACGUCAGACGUCAGUUUUUCAUAGGUGGUCGUGUUUGUGAUGUUAGAGCUGGCAUUGGCUUAUUAGUCUCGUUGAAGUUUCUGUUUGGUUUAGUUAACCAGCGUUAUAGUUUAUCAUUGGUUUGCAGCUUCUUGCCGAUCGCAACCUCGUAGGUUCAGUAAUACCAAAACAUAUAGUUACACCUCCAGACCACAAAUCAACCACACCUAAAAGCAACAGCACGUUCUCAACUUUAAGUCUUAUCUCACCACACUAGGUGCUUAUGGGACAAACACAAGCGGAGAGAUCAUAAUCAAGCCAGCACACCACAGGACAGCUACACCUGGAAGCCACAGCUCAAUCAAUACGGACAGCCAAAUGUACCUCACACUUCCUAACUGCGUCUCGACCUCAUCUGGAUACCACAUCUUAACCCCAACUAAAAGAUAUACCACACCUACAGUAAAAAGUAUCAUCUCAACAACACUCAAAAGCCACGACGUGUCAAAUAAACCAAGCGUGCCAACACCUUUUCUGAAAACAAAACAACCUGCUUUUACUACAGUUGCAGGAUGUAAGAAACGGCUUCUGUUUCAAAACUUAUGGCUUUAAUAUUUAUAUAUUAGACAAACUUUAAAACACACGUAAUUAACACACUGCGUAAUUACACCUGGUGUAAUACUUGGCAAUCCGUUGCUACAGUAACGUGCAAUGGAGAUCGAGACACAAACAGUUGCACUUGUAAGUUUGUAAACGAAGAAUCCUCCGCAGUUACGAACGGUGAUGGAAGUUGAAAAUUGGCAGCAGCCGCUAAAGGAACUGAAACAAACAAUUCGAUUGACUGCGCCAUUAGCUACUGUAGGGUGGCUACCAUUAAGCCAACCCGGCCUCUGUGCCCUUCAGUGACGAUAGGGAACGCAUGAGUCGGCCAUUUGAUCACCAGCGUCUCCUCCAAAUAGGUACCAUCCAUCCAGCUUUAAAUCAAACAAUGGAGACCACGCCCAACUAGUGUUUCUUAAGGUCCUAGCUUUGUCUGACUCGUUAAGAAAGGUAUAUGUAAAACACUCUGCAAGAGAGAAAAAAAGGGCACUUUAAACGGUCUUGCAGUCAUCAUGACCCCUGUGUGAGUGCUCUCAGGAAUUCUUAACUAGUGGGAUGUCCCUCCCUGUUCUCUAGUCAAUUAAGACAUUGUUAAAGCACUUUUGUUAUUAUUUAAAAAAAGAAAAAAAGAACCGAAUUUUUGAAAACGUUAGCGCUAAACAGACCUCUUCCUUCAGACAAUUUUUAUCUUAUUGGAAAAACCUCCAAAACCUCUAAAGUAUGUAUUAUGAAAACUAAGGGUACAACUCUUGCGUUUUUCUCUUCUCUAAAACAUUAGCCUCCAACAUGAUAUAUUUUAUAUCUUAGAGGUAAGGGUUCGUUUCCCGGUCAAUCCUGAAUUUUUUCAGGUUCUUUUUCAACCGCUGUAUUGUUUAUUUUCCUGCGAAAAUCUUUCUUUUCAUGGUUUCGACCAAUCUUUAACUCUGACAUGUUUAAUGGACGCUCACCAAAAUACUUGCCUCAAGCAAUCAAAGCAAACGUAACUAUCUGAAUAAAGGGCCUCCUUACAAUCUGUCCGUACGCGUCUUCGCUUCCUUUCUGGCAAAAUUUGGCUCCUGUGGAUCUGAAAUUUAGCAAAAAUGGCAGGGAAAUUUUGUUUGACUCAACGGAAAUUCCCCGGUGCUUCAACGAGCUCGUACCGAACUUAUCGUGGAAUUUUCGUGAGAACAAAGGACGAAAUUCAGCGAAUUUCGCUUUCAUUUCUUUCGCACAGAACAGUAAAUAAACAGCAAGGACAAACGAACAAAAACAAACAAAGAAACAAACAAUUAGGAUGCUGGGCUUGUUGGAUCUAGCUAGUCACAGAUUACUCCCUAAAUUGUACUCCACUUAGUCCUUUUACCAUUACUAAUAAUUAUGAUAAUGACACUCGUAAUGGUAAUAAUGGUAAUAAUAAUAAUAAUAAUAAUAAUAAUAAUAAUAAUAGUUAUAAAGGGAGAUGUGAAGAAUCAACCAUAAGAGGACACAGGAAAAAUCUGAGCCCCAGAUGGGAUUGGAACCCACGACCCUCCGUGUUCUAUAUCGGAUGCUCUAACCUCUAAGCUACUAAUGACUCAUUGGCGAGGAAGGGUAAUUUUUGUGGGUUGGACUUGCCAACCGCAUCACGCAGUCACACAAUCCAUCACAAGCAACUCACUAAGGCUUAACUGCAUCACGCAGUCAAGUCAGUGGAAUUAUAAUAGUGAUAAUGAUAAUGAUAAUCACAAUGUGGUGACGAAGGUUCAUGGUAAUGAUAAUGGUAAUGAUAUUAUACACUAAUGUCAGAUCCCAAGGGAAACAGUUAGUUUUGUUUUCCCGAGAGUCCUGAUUUUUCCCGAGACGAAGUCGAGGGAAACAUCAGGAGAAAAAAAAAACUAACUGACUCGAGAGAAAAAAAAAACUAACUGGUUUCCCGAGGGAUCUGACAUUAAGUGUUUUGUUAUAUUUCUAGACUUUCACUUCAACAGCAACAAAAGAAUAACCGGAGCGAACGAAAACAAACCAAAACAGUCGACUCGGUACUUAUAACAACACAAACUUAGAAUGAUUUACAAACAAAAGUACUUUCCUUAUAUCAUCUGCAUCUUUUUCCUCCACUAGCUCCUGUUUUUCUUCUGGGAACUUCUGGGAUAACUUUAAAAAUCGUUGCUUUUUAGCUUGAGGCUUCGUGAUUGUGUUGUUGUGUUCAUUCACGAAAGAGAAAACUGGCAGGACCUGGCGGUGUUUUUCCCGCCUUCUGUCACGCCACUUUAAUUUGCACCAUGCUUUGAUCACGUGCUGCAAUGUAUCCCGAGCGGGAUACAUUAUUUAAUGCAUCACGAUCGGGAUACAUUUGAUUUUAGUCAAGGCCACGUGUCCAAGAAUCAACCAAUUGCAGCCCCUGUUUAGUUGAGUGAAAUUCUAGGAAUAUAACAAUGAUAAUUAUAUCCAAUGGCAAUGAUAAUCAGGGAUUUUAAACUGUAACUUAGCUGUCAUUCCCUGAAGAAGUCGGGCGUACCCGGUGUAAUAUUGGAAGAAAAUAUAAUCUCAUAGCUGUACAGUCAGCGUUGCUUCCAAAAAAAGGAAAAAAAACGUUUGCUGACUAGAUCCAUCAGGCCCGGCAUCUGUUUUGUUUGUUUGUUUUCUUUUCUUCGGCGUUUGCGAUUCAUUUACAGUUCUCUGCAAAAUAAAUAAAGGCGAAGUUCGCUGAUUGUCUUUGGCUGUCGCUAAAAUUCGUCAAAAGAUCACCAAAGAAAUUUCGUUGAAGGGCUUGCGAAUUUUCGUUGCUCGUGUGAAACGAAAUUUCGCUGUCAUCUUGGCGAAAUUUCGCAUCCACAGAUAUAAGCAAUUCGUUUUGCCGAAAUUUCGCCUGAGGGGAAGAAGGGAAGACUGACGGAUUGUAAUGAGAUCAUUUGGAUCGUUACUUUUGCUGCACUUGCUUGAAGAGAAGUCUUUAAAUUUAAAAAGUCAUUUUUGUUAGUGAUCGUUAAACCAGUCCUAGUUCAACCAUGAUAGUGUAACUGAUCUUCGCAGUGUAAUAAACAGCCUAAGCGGUUGAAAAAGAACCUAAACGAAAAUCAGGCUUGACCGAGGAUCGAUCGUCCCUGGUCUUUGUGAUUAAGAUAAACCAUGUUGAAAGCUUAUAAUUUAGAUUUGUUUGGCUAUUUGGGGCGGUGACAUGCGAAGCAAGACUUAGUUGGAAAAAAAAUCAAACGAACAAACAAACCAAAUGAAUAGAAACCUAGCGUGGGAAGAUGCAUACGUCGAAUAAGUGAGGCUCAUGUAGUAAUUUUCUUUCUAGUUCUCUCGCUCUCGUGAAGUUGAAUAG